AUGGCCUCGCACUGCAUCUUGCUACGGCAUGGAACUCCGGUGCCGGAGGAGCAAGAUCCAGAGCGACCGCUUUCAGAGCAGGGCCAUGGAGAAGCCGAUAGCACCGCAAGUGCAAUCACAGCCUACUUGAAGUCCGCGGCAUCGGAAAGAAGAGUGUUGAUCGCGCACAGCGGCAAGCUACGUGCACGACAAACUGCAGAAGCUGUCAUGAAAGCAUUGCUGGCAGAUGGCUGGGAGGCCGUUUGUGAAGAGAAGCCUGGGCUAAGCCCAAACGAUGAGCCGGCGGCUGCGUUGGAGCUCAUCGAGGGAUUGCCGCUGGUGAAGGUGGUUGUCGGACAUCUCCCUCAUGUGGGAAAGUUGGCGGCUACGAUGGUCAAAUCGCCUGCAGCUGCUGGAAGAUUGGGUGGCCUCUUUCAUCCUGCAGGUGGCCUGGUGCUGCGCCGCGACUCUGAUGGGGCAGCAUGGGUCGAGGCCGUCGAAGUCGCUUGUGGUGAGUCCUGGUGGAUCAAAGUGGUCGGUUGA